AUGGAUAACACGCAUACCACAAAUCCUAUACUUCCAGCACCGGGAGUGUGCAGGAACCCAGCCAUCAACACAGAAGCUAGUCGAACUGCUGGUCCAGGGAGACAGAAUGACGAUGCAUCCGCAAACCGUGCUAUGCUAGCGCUGGUGCGGGGGGAGGCAUCUGAGAAUAGCAGACGUGGAAAGGCGCUUUUGCGUUGUAGGACACCACUCCUGAUGGGAACCUUCAACGCAAACACUCUGAGGACAGAGUACAGUGCUGCUGAAUGCGAGCAGCGGAGGUGCGAUGCUGGCAUCGAGAUCCUCGGGGUUCAGGAGCACCGCAUCGUGUUACCUGACCCAAACAACAUCGAGUACAGAACGAUUGGAUCCGGCUUUUUCGUCAUCUCAUCAGCUUGGAGGAACCAACAACAGGCUUCUGUGGGAGGAGUUGGACUAAUGCUAGGCAAGAAAGCAAAGAAAGCGCUGCUGGACGUAAAAAGAAUCAGCGACCGUAUCUGA